AUGAAAACUGUAGCCCAACAGAUGUUCCGGACCUGCGACAAACUCUUCACAAGAAAAACACUCAAUGAUGUUCAGGAGGCCCAUCCGUCCAACAUUGAAACAGCAGCACAGAUGGAUAACAUCCAGCACCUGACUAGUCCUUCCCACCUGUCCAUUGUUGAGGAUGUGAGAGCGGGUGUGCACCAUGUGGAGGCUGUGAUGGAGCGAGCCCAUCACGGUGGUGGAUGGCUCUUGUCCGGCAUCAUCUGCAUUAACAUCCUGAUCCUGGGCUGUGCCCUGGUCAGCGGCAGUGCCUUCAACAGUGUGGCCAUUACUGCUGUGCACAGGCAAAUCUUCGUCAUCGUUCUCCUCCUCCUCACUAUGUUAUGGAUGCUGUUUUACACAGUGUUCACUUUCCGGAAAGAUCAAGCAGUCUUGUUCAAAGACAGCCAUGCAGGGCCUGUAUGGCUCAGAGCUGGACUUUUGCUGUUCGGCCUGCUCAGUUUCCUCAUGGACAUCUUCAAGAUUGCCACUUAUGUGGGCUACCUUCACUGUGACUCUGCUGUUAAAGUUGCUUUCCCUGUCGUGCAAGCUGUUUUUUUGUUAAUCCAGACCUAUUUCCUGUGGAUUCAUGCAAAGGACUGUGUGCAGCUUCACACAAAUUUCACUCGGUGUGGACUCACUCUUACACUUUCAACAAACCUGGUAGUAUGGAUGGCAGCUGUUACUGAGGAAUCUAUUCAUCAAACUGAGAUUCCUGAUCUGAAUGUCAGUGUUUCACAUAAGAUGUACAGAGCCAGCUACGGUGACAAGAAGUGUAAAUGUAGUCACUCAGCAUGUGGCACCUUCAAAGAGGCCUUCUACUACCUGUACCCCUUUAACAUAGAAUACAGCCUUUUUGCAGCUGCUAUGGCCUACGUCAUGUGGAAAAAUGUCGGCCGACUUGUAGAGGAUCAUAGCCACCACAAUGUUAAAUUCCAUCCAAAAGAUGUGUGUUUGGGCCCUCUCACAGGAAUACUCCUAGUGGUGGCAGGACUUGUAACAUUUAUAGUGUAUGAGAUAUACAUACUAAAAGAGGGGGAGGAGAAGACAAACAAGGCACUGCUGAUUCAUUUUAUCAUGAAUAUAGUAAUAGUGAGCAUGAUGUCCCUCUCCACUAUCAUCGGCUGUAUCAUCUACAGGCUAGACCACAGGGAGCACGUGUCAGAGAAAAACCCAACACGCAGCCUGGAUGUGGGGCUGCUGGUGGGAGCCUCAAUGGGACAGUUCAUCAUCAGCUAUUUCACUAUUGUGGCUGUGGUAGCAACAGGAGCCAGAGGCUAUCUUAAUGCCCUCAACCUGUCGUGGGCUAUCCUGACAGUGCUCCAGCUAGGACUACAGAACUAUUUCAUCAUUGAAGGCCUACACCGGGAGCCCUUCCAUGUGAUGCAGGAAGCAGCUCUGCACACAAAUGCCCAUGCUUUUCAAGAGCAUGCAGAGAUGAAUCCUGUUGUAGAAAGGAAUAAAUCAAUCUACAUCCUUACUUCAAGUUCUCAUAAGCUAAGCUUGAAGAGAAGAGUGCUGAAGGAAGUCUGUGCCUUUCUGCUGCUAGCAAACAUCAUUUUGUGGAUCAUGCCUGCAUUUGGCGCUCGUCCCCAGUUUGAUCACUCCAUCGAGAUCCAAUUCUACAAAUUCACAAUGUGGGCUGCUAUUGUGAAUAUCGGACUUCCUUUUGGAAUCUUCUACCGCAUGCACUCAGUCGCCAGUCUCUUUGAAGUAUACUUAAUCUCUUAG